GGGUACAAGUGAAGGAGUCCGCUCUCUGCCAUUGUUCUUCUCCUGGAAGUCUGGAGGACGGGACGCGGCGCUGGUCGGGUACCGGACACCGGACACCGGUCUGUCGGGAUGACGGGCUCCGGUCCGAAGCUCGGGGUGCUGCUGCUGCUGGCGGUGCUGCUGCAGACGGUGGUGGUCACCAUCACCGUGCUGCACUUCACCGCGGCUCUCAACUCGAUGAAGGAGACAUUUGCCAGGAGCAGCGUUUCCUGCCUGACGGGCGGCGACCUGCAGAGCGUCACGGCGGUCCGCGGGGACCCGUGCUGGCAGGUGACCCAGCAGCUCCACCUGCUCAUUGAGAAGUCUCUGUCUCAGCGCUACCAGAAGCAGAUCUCAUCGGCCGUCAGAGACGAGGUGUCCCGGGUGCUGCCCUCGCUCGUGGUGGUCGACCGGGCGACGCCUCCUCGGCCCAAAGUCGCCGCCCACGUCACCGGCAGCUUCGUGGCCCAGCCGGAGCGCAAGGCCGGAGCUCCGGCCCCCUCUGGGCGGCGGGUCCAGGGCCAGAAGAUCUCCUGGUGGGAGGGCCAGAAGGGGCUGGCCUUCCUGCAGGACGUCCGGCUGGCGGACGGGGAGCUGGUGGUGCCGCAGCCCGGCCUCUACUACGUCUACGCCCAGACCUACUUCAGACACACCCACUCCCUGGAGGAGGAGGGGGAGGAGGCGGCGGCGGGGGUGGGCCGAGGGAGGCCUCUGCUGCAGUACGUCUAUAAAAAGGUGGGCUCCUACCCGGUUCCCAUCCUGCUGAUGAAGACCAGCCGGACCUCCUGCUGGUCCCGGGGCUCCGAGUUCUCUCUGUACUCCGCCCACCAGGGCGGUUUGUUCCCGCUGGGCGCCGGCGACCGGCUGUUCGUCACGGUGACCAACGCCUCCGCCGUGGACACGGACGAGAAGAGCAGCUUCUUCGGGGCGUUUCUCAUCAGCUAGGCGGCCCGGAGGCGGGACUCAAACACCCGGUUUCAGCCUCCAGACUUGGAUGAACCCACAUGAAAGAAACAGGAAGUCACGAGAGGGAGUCCGACUCUUUUAUUCGGGAUCACAAACAGAACGAGAUUCGACACUUUGUGAACGAGCGUUAACGUUAACGGAGCUCGGACUCCACACAUCAGAGUUUCCGUUGUUCAAACGUUUCUUUAAGGCAGAACGUUUUCAAAAGGUAGCAGAUUUUAUUUUCUUGACCAACGAGGUUGGAUUCAGAUUUCAUUUGCUGCAGAUCUAUCCGCCAUUUUCCCACUGACGCCGGAUUCAUAAACAAAAGAUGUAGCGCCAACUACAGGCGGCGAAAAGUGAAGCCGAAGCUGACCACCAGGGGGCGACUCCUCUGGUUGUAUAGAGGUCUAUGCUUCAUGUGUUAAAGCUGCAUUCUCUCUCCUGACCACCAGGGGGCGACUCCUCUGGUUGUAUAGAGGUCUAUGCUUAAUGUGCUAAAGCUGCAUUCUCUCUACUGACCACCAGGGGGCGACUCCUCUGGUUGUAUAGAAGUCUACGCUUCAUGUGUUAAAGCUGCAUUCUCUCUCCUGACCACCAGGGGGCGACUCCUCUGGUUGUAUAGAAGUCUACGCUUCAUGUGUUAAAGCUGCAUUCUCUCUCCUGACCACCAGGGGGCGACUCCUCUGGUUGUAUAGAAGUCUACGCUUCAUGUGUUAAAGCUGCAUUCUCUCUCCUGACCACCAGGGGGCGACUCCUCUGGUUGUAUAGAGGUCUAUGCUUCAUGUGUUAAAGCUGCAUUCUCUCUACUGACCACCAGGGGGCGACUCCUCUGGUUGUAUAGAAGUCUAUGCUUCAUGUGUUAAAGCUGCAUUCUCUCUCCUGACCACCAGGGGGCGACUCCUCUGGUUGUAUAGAAGUCUAUGCUUCAUGUGUUAAAGCUGCAUUCUCUCUACUGACCACCAGGGGGCGACUCCUCUGGUUGUAUAGAAGUCUACGCUUCAUGUGUUAAAGCUGCAUUCUCUCUCCUGACCACCAGGGGGCGACUCCUCUGGUUGUAUAGAAGUCUACGCUUCAUGUGUUAAAGCUGUAUUCUCUCUCCUGGCCACCAGGGGGCGACUCCUGGUUGUAUAGAAGUAAACAUGAGUUUAUGGUCAAAAACAGUCACUCGUGGCUUCAUAAUGUCCUCAAACCAACAGGUGACGUCACGUUGUCGUCAUUAUUAUUUACAGUCUAUCCAUCUUACUGAUUUCUUUUAGCAAACGGUCUGCCUCGAAUAAUUGUUUGUAUCAACUGAACAUUAGAGAUGAUCUCAUUUGUGUAAAGAUGUAAAUAUUGUGCUAUAUUUUGUAUUUUUCUAACAUAGCUUCGUGUUCGCGUCACGUUGGUUUUAGUGACCUUAAACAUUCACGCACGUCGGACUAGAGGACAAACAGAAAGUAUCCGUUUAUUUAUGAAGUGCUCCUUCAAUAAUACAUCAAUAAAUAAAUAAAGGACGUUCACAUGUCCAAGUUUUAAGUUCUCUUUUUCCCAACGUGACGUGAAUGCAGCAUUUACUGCAGUGCGUAUGUGAAUAACAACUACUUUGUUUAAAUGUUUUAAAUGUAUAAACAUAUUUCUUUGUGAAAA